ACGUGCGGUAACUGUUCAGGCUCCACCGUAUAUAUAGCACCGUGCGCGGCCGCUCAACAUCUUCAUCACCAUCAGCUCACACUCGCACUCACCCAGAGAGAAGCAGCAGCCAGAGCAGCUAAUCGACCAAGCUAGGUUCCGGCGGGAGGGGGAUCCAUGGCGUUCAUGCGGUACCGUGCGCUGCCGCAGGGAGAGGUGACAGCUGAGGAGUUCUGGGCGUGGCUGGGGCAGUUCGACGCGGACCACGACGGCCCGAUCAGCCAGGACGAGCUGCAGGGCGCGCACCGGAGCCUCGACCUGUGGUUCGCGUCCUGGAAGGCGCGGGAAGGGGUGCAAGCCGCGGACGCCAACCGCGACGGCGCCGUCGGCAGGGAGGAGGCUGGCCGGCUCUUUGCCUAUAGUAGAAAAAGGGUCAUUUAUUCCGGUUCAUAAAGCUCAUCUAUCCUGGUUGUGGAACCGGGAUUAAAGGGUCGUUACUAAUGCCUAGGCCUUUAGUCCCGGUUCUUAUA